AUGGUUCAUCUUAUAGCGCGUCUCCCAAACGAGCUUCUGCGAGAGAUAUGUCUCUUCGCUUCCACUUAUGACCGGUUUUGCCCGUUGCGGGAUCUCGCACUCGUGAACAAGCAGAUCCGACAAGUUGCCUUUCCCUUACUAGUGCGUCACUGGGAGAGAGACAGCUCCUUCCAACAACCUCACCUCGGGCUGUUAGCCUUACACCUUCUUCGAUACCCUGAGCAUCGCUCCCAAGUCAAGACUCUAAACUUCAUGUCGCCCAGCACCCGGAAAACGAACCCUAGGAGACAAACCUUGUACGACCAGUCUCCUGUACGUCUACGACCAGAGAGCCUAGCAGAGCUUGCAAGAGCAGCUCAAGAGGCUCUCCCGAACCUCGUGCAAUCGAGUAACUGGAUUGGAACAAUCCAGAUAGGAGGCUUUCACGCUGUUGCUGUGCUCGUGAUGGCUUGGGCAACUCGUGUGACCGACGUGGCGAUGGAGCUUCCGCGACCGUAUGUCGAUGGCCAGAUGAGCGGUUCCCAUGGAAUGAUGAUGAAGUUCUUCUACGGGGCGGUUCAGAAAGUCUCUACAAGCGGCAUGCCACUGGCUGAGGUACAGCGGCUUGAGAUCGAAACAUGGGAGAGGGAGAGUCGCCUUGAUGGGGUCGUGGCGUUCCCGCUAUCCGUCUUCCAGUUGCCCAAGUUGAAGAAAUUUCACAUAAAGCACCUGGAAAUGACAGGCUCACAAGACUUCCCGAUCCCAAGAGGCUGCUCAACGGUCGAAGAACUAUUUCUCGACUGUUCAAAAGUCACAGGAGCCGCACUUCGGAAAUUACUCGCUACAUGCUCAAGAUUGCGCGUCUUGCACUAUGUCUGGUUCUCUGUGGUACAGGGGGCUCAAAGAAGAGCGAUAAGAGACGCUCUUAUUGAAGAGCCCGGAUCAUUGGAAGAAUUGCGUUUGGACCUCAAGUCCUAUUUAAGCUUAAAUUCUUUUUUCAUAUUAUGUUUCGCUGCUGCAGAUAAUGGAAUGGUCAUCGAGAAAAGCUUCAAAAGUCUUUCUCAUCUUCGAAAACUCACGCUGGACUUGGAAGACCUACCUCCAAGAAUUGAGGAUUCACGGAAAUUCAUGCCCGACCUUCUCACUUCCCAGCUACCAGCUUCUCUCGAAGAGUUAACCCUCACCUGGGGGAAUCGUCAGAUGAAUUGUUUGGAGGAGCGUCUUAUAGCACUGCGCGGUCCUGACUUCUGGCUUAGUGUUGUGGUCGUCAUAAAGACUUUGCUAGAGGAAGCUGGGCCUGGAUGCAAAUUCAACAAGUUGAGAUAUCUAGAUGUUACGCAGAUUCUUGUUGGAUCUAAGGAAAUGGAGAAUGUCGUGGAGCUGGGUAGGUCUAAGGGAGUCAACGUUCUAGAGUACACUAAAUGA